UGCACAAGCCAUACAAAAUUAGCUUGUAUUAUACAAAAUCUAAAAAUUUGCACAAGCCAUACAAAAUUAGCUUGUAUUAUACAAAAUCUAAAAAUUUGCACAAGCCAUACAAAGUUAGCUUGUAUUAUACAAAAUCUAAAAAUUUGCACAAGCCAUACAAAAUUAGCUUGUAUUAUACAAAAUCUAAAAAUUUACACAAGCCAUACAAAAUUAGCUUGCAUUAUACAAAAUCUAAAAAUUUGCACAAGCCAUACAAAGUUAGCUUGUAUUAUACAAAAUCUAAAAAUUUACACAAGCCAUACAAAAUUUGAUAUUACCCUAUAA